AUGGCAGCAAUGGGUUCAGGCAAUUUCUUCAAGACGGCGCUUGACAAAGGUGCAGGGCCGAGCCUCGGGUAUUGGCAGAUGAUGCCCAGCACCAACAUCUCACGGAUGCUCGCGCAGACGCCCGGCUGUGACUGGGUAUUGAUUGACUGCGAACACGGUGAUCUUGACGAUCGAGACAUGCGCCAAUGCGUCCCAGCCGUUGCAGCAGCCGGCGCAUCGCCGAUUGUGCGUAUCCCGAGUACAGAACCAUGGCUCAUUAAGCGGGCGCUGGAUGCUGGUGCGCAUGGAAUCCUCGUUCCUCUCCUGCAAACAGCACAAGAAGCUCGCGAUAUCGUAAAGGCGGCCAAGUUUCCUCCCAUGGGAAACCGUGGAUUCGGAAGCCCAUUCUCCAUGGAUCGUUUCAAGCCCAUUCCUACGUCGGAUGAGUAUCUACAACAAGCCAAUGACAGUCUGCUAACCCUAGUUCAAAUCGAGACGAAGUCUGCUUUGGACAAUCUCGAAGAAAUUGCAGCCGUUGAAGGUAUCGACGUUUUAUUCAUUGGGCCUUUCGAUCUUGGUAAUAGCAUUGGAUACCCUAUCCUCAACGGUGUUGUAAAGCCAGAGCUCAAGGCUGCCAUUAACCGCAUUCUUGAAGUCUCGCGUAAGGCAGGGAAGAAAUGUGGUAUUUAUUCGGGAUCUGGGGAGCAGGCGAUGGGAUAUAUCGAGGCAGGAUUUAAUAUGGUUCAUAUUGGGACGGAUUACGCCAUGCUUCAUCAGGCUACGAGAGCUGAGAUGGGCACUGCUCGAGGGAGAGAUUUAGGAAAGCGCGUGGGUUAUUAA